GAGGUUAUGUUAUAUAAAUAAAUUUAAGUUUUUGGGUAUUUGUUAUAAAAGGAUCCUUGAAGAAUGUUAAGAAUUAAUCGAAUAUAGUAAAUAGCCUUGUAUGGAAUAAUAUGCCUUUUUGGUGAUAAUAGUAUUUUAUUAUACUGCUGUACAGGCACUUUACAAAAACAUUGUAAAAGUGAAACUUCAAAACUACUCUGGACGUCAUCUGCCACUAUGGAAAUAUUUUUUAUCCGUCAAUAAUCAUCAUAAAACUAAAUCCACCCGACUUCAUGAAUGAUAACUUGUUAACAAAUAAUGAUGGAAGUGCAUUUACAGAUAAAGAAAGAUACAGUUUUCGGAACUUUUACUUUGAAACGGGUCGUUGGCAGAUAAAGAACUCUGUUUAUCCUUACCCUAGUGUGAGUGAUAUCACAGGCAUUGUGGAAAUCAGCAACAUUUCUGAUGAUAUUUGGUUUAGUACCAAGAGCGAUAUGAAAGACAUUAAUAAACAUAAUAAAACAGAGAAACUUUGCUCCUCUCAAGAAAAAAAUGGACCAUCCUCCCCCAAAAAAGGAGCCAACUCCCCAAAGAAACAAGCCAUCCAGGAAGAAGUAAUUUUGGUUUAUCGCUACAUAAAACAAAAACUAAGUUCAAGUUCAAGAAUUCUUCUCCUGAAUUUAACCCAAGCCAAGAUAUAUUUAAUUAUAAAAGUGUCAAUGUUGAAAAUCAGUUUUCUCCAAUGGUAAAGAACAGUUCUAACGCUGCAAGUAGUCCAGAAACUAUUUCCAAAACUAAUAAAACAACCACAAAAAAAAGAAAAAAGAAAAAACACAAAAAAAGACUUGAAAGUUCAAAAUACACAAAAGUAAAUCAAAGUGAACGGCUGAAAUCUCCACAGGAAAUCCAAAAGCUGAAAGAUAUUGUUGCUAUGAAUUUAUCUACGCUAGAAGAAUUUGGUACCAGUGAUAGUGAAGAAACAGUAACAGUUGCUAACAGUACAAACAAUAAUUUAACCAUUAGCACUUUGAAUAGGCCUAGUCAAGAAUUGAUUUCCAGAUCUAGUGUAUCCAAACAUUCAAUAAAUUUAGAAAACGAUUCUACUAAACAAGUGUUACCCGAGUCAAUAAAAGGAAUACCUGUUACUUCAGAUUCACAAGAAAAAGAUCAGACCAAAAAGCAACUUUGUGGUGAAAUCAAAGAUUUGAGCACCUCGCUAGAUAAAGACAGUUUUGAUCGCAAAUUGAGUCAAGCUCAAUGCCAAGAAACACCAGUGAGUAGUGGCAGCACGCUCAUGGCGGGGAAAUCACUUUGGAGCAUCGACAAGACACCUGAAAAAGGCACUUCUAGUCCAAAGAAAAAAAAUCAAAAACAAGGUAAUGUAAAGAAACGGAAAGCCAGUGAUAUAGAAGAAAACACAUCCACAAAAGAGGACAAAGAAACAAUUGAAAUUAGCUUUUCCCCAAUGAAAAGGAAAAGACACAGCGAAAGCGAAUCAGAAAAUUGUAAAGGUUUAGUUUUAAAUCACGUUUUUAAAAAUUUCCACAGAAAAACUAUAUCAACGGACAAAAACAAUGAAGCAAAAAUAUCCAGCCCAAGAAAAAGAAAGAAAUCUAAUAAAGAGAAAGAGUUGUCGUAUAAGAACAUCGAAGUAAAGAUCAGUUGUGAUGCAAAUGAUUCAGAAGGUAAAAACCAAUGUGAAAAAUCAAACAUUGAAAAAGAUAGAAACAAGAAUAUACCAGAGAAAAGUGUUGAUGAUAAUAGUGAUAUAGAGUGUUCAAAUACAGGCACUCCAGAGCUUAACUGUCAUACUUUAUUUGUUUGUAGACCUACCAAAAAAAGUACAAAUGUUGAACUAGGUUCAGAUUCAGAAGACAACACUAAAGAUUCUAAAAGGGACAGAUAUUCAUCAGACAGAAGCCAUAGUUCUUUUUGUGAUGAAAUUGAUGAAGUUUUCAAAAAUUACAAACCUAGUCCAGAGAAAACUGUUACCCCCACAAAAAAGUUAAGUUUGAGUGACAACAAGUCGAAGACAGUGACUGAAUCUGAAAAGAAUACAUUUGAUACAAGGAAACCUAUGGCAACAGAUGCAAAUAAUUUGGAUCAUUCCUCUGUUUUAACUUCUGGGUCAAAUUGUUCUGAUUCACAAGAACAAGCUGGCAUCAUUUCAUCUCAAAUAAUCCAAAAAAUUCCUCAUAAAAGAGUUGCUGAUAAUAGUGAUAUAGAACAUUCAUCUUCAUUAGGCACUCCAGAGUCUAGUGAUCAUACUUGUGUUCGUAGCCCUAUCAAAAACGGUUCAAAUGAUAAAACAGUUGAACUAGAUACAUAUACAGAAGACAACACUAAAGAUUCUAAAAGGGACAGGUAUUCAUCAGACAGAAGCCGCAGUUCUAUUUGUGAAGAAAUUGGUGAUGUUUUUGAAAAUUACAAACCUAGUCCAAAGAAAACUGUUACCCCCACUAAAAGGUUAAGUUUGAGUGUUAACAAGUUGAAGAAAGUGACUGAUUCUGAAAAUAAUACCUUUGAUAUAAGGAAACCUAUGGCACCAAAUACAAAUGAUUUGAAUAAUUCCUCUGUAUUAACUUCUGGGGCAAAUUGUUCUGAUUCACAAGAGCAAGCUAGCAUUAUUCCAUCUCAAAAUAUCCAAAGAAUUCCUAAGAAAGGAGUUGCUGAUAAUAGUGAUACAGAACUUUCAUCUUCAUUAUGCUCUCCAGAACCUAGCGAUCAUACUUGUGUUUGUAGCCCUAUCAAAAACGGUUCAAGUGGUAAAACAGUUGAACUAGAUACAUAUACAGAAGACAACAUUAAAGAUUCUGAAAGGGACAGAUAUUCAUCUGAGUCACCAAACUCGACCAAAGAUGUUGAAACACCUACAAAGAUUUCAUCACCAACAGUUGUUCCAUCUACCUCGACCAACAAGGAUAACAAUGGUUCUACAUCUAGAAAACAGGAGAGUUUCAGCACUCUUCAGAAAAGCAUUGAAAUAAUUGAUGAUAGUCGCUUUGAUUCAGAUUUGAGCUCAGACUUUUUUCUCACACCUAAAAAAAACCCCAAGAAGAACAAAAUUCCACCACAUUUAAGAGAAAAAAAUAAUUCUGAGACCUCAUUUACUAGCUCCAAAGACGUUUCUACAAAAGAGAAAAAAAGUGUUUUUGUAAAAGUAUUAAAAAGAAAAGGGGGGAAAACAAACCAACAGAAAAAGUUGGUUUCAGAAGAGCUGGGAAAUCUAGACAGUUCUUAUGUUGAAGAUAGCUUUAGUGAUUGUACAAACUCUUCAAUUUUAGAUCAAAUCCAGGCUUCGAUGAUCUCUUCAAGUAAUGAACUAGAGAGACUAAAGGAUUUGAAUAUAACAAUCGACUGGGAGCUUUCGCCAUUACAUAGAAUUGACACGGGAUCGUGUAAAGUCAGUAUGGCUAAAUUAAGAGAUGAACUUGGCCCUGGACACGAAAAACACCUGACUGACAAGAAAUUCUCUGAAAUGGAUGAGGAUAAGAUCAAACAAGCUUGGGAAGAAUUUUCUGAAACGUAUGACUUCAGCAACCCAGAACUAUUUUUCCCAACUGCUCAAAACUUUGGAGUCUUCCCGUAUCGAGAGAGACGCAAGUUUAAGUUAUUCAUAGCUAAAUAUCUACCUGACAGACAUUUGCUGAGCGUGUUUUCUAAAUUCACCAGAAUCUACUCAGUCAAAAAGACCGGAAGAUGGUCUGACAAAGAAGAUAGACUCUUACUUGACAUAUACCACGCUUGUAUGGAGAAGAGCAACUCAUUAGAUUCGCCCAAUGAAUCCAAAAGAGAAACACCUCUCGGCUUACCCAUGAAGAAAAUCAUGAUGAAGGCUCUGAACAGAACUUUAUCUUCUGUUGAUGCAAGGUUAAAAAUUUUGUUAGAAGAUAAACAUGCAAGGAAUUUGUCUCAGAGAGACAUUGAAUGGACACCAGAACUGGAAGGUGCGAUGAUUCACCAACUGGUCAAGAAAUCAAGAGUAGAUUCAAUAGAAGACCUCCGUUAUGAAACCAUAAGUUAUAAAGUCUGGAGGAAAGUUUCUUCAAAACUGAAUUUACCGAUGGAAAAAAUGAUAGAUCGAUGGAAGUACUAUUUGUAUCCUCAGAUCUUUGCUCGUAAGCCAGUCCUGCGUCAUAUGCUACAAAUUGAGCUGAUCAAGUGGUUUUAUCGUUCUAAAGUUAAAGAUUCAAAAGAAAUUGACUGGAAAGAUUUAUCAAGAAGAGCCGGAGAUCUGGGGUCGUGCAAUUUAUUCAGAGUUUUCAAAACUCUGAUAAAGAACUAUGUGCCUAAAGAAUUCAGCAAAAAGUUCAGAGCGGCAGUUUCUUAUCUUCAUGAUAAUCAUAUUCCUCGUUUGGAGAAAAAAGAAAAUUCUUCCAUGUUGGUUCGGAAGGAAUACGACCCCGAGACCCGGACGCUAAACCCGAUAGAGGACGACGAAGAGGACGCAUAUUUGUUUGAAAUAGACCGCUGAAACUGAGAAAGACUUGAACUCAAGAGUGAUGAAAUGGUGCUGAAAAAAUCUAUCUUUUAUCUUAAUCGCUAU